AUGAUCAUUAAACAAUACUCAAACUUUGAAGAAAGCAGAAGUACAACAAGCUUAAAAAAUCUAGCACACAUACAUUAAAAUUAAAAAAAAAAUUUAACUAAAAUGAAUUUCAAUAAAAUUUUCGUUCUCCUGGCUGUCUUCGUUGCCGUCUUUGCUGGACAAACUGAGGCCGGAUGGUUGAAAAAGAUUGGCAAGAAAAUUGAACGCGUCGGUCAACAUACACGAGAUGCCACCAUCCAGACUAUUGCUGUGGCUCAACAGGCCGCCAAUGUUGCAGCAACUGUGAAAGGAUAAACUCCAGAUACAGAAGAUCGGAAGUUGCUAUCAAAGCAUUAAUGUACCUUAAUUAAGUUUAAUAUUUAUUUAUUUAGAAAAUAGUAAACGAUUUAUGGAGAUUAAAGUGAAAAUACUUGAAUAAAAAUAUUUUUCCAAAAAAAUUA